CAGAACGUUCGUUACGGUGCGGUGUAGUUGGACGAGAUCGAAUAGGAUAACUUUUGAUAGUGGCGCACUAUGUGUUGUGGAAGCUAGCACAUUCUUUGGAAUUUAAGGAGGAAAAACUCUAUAAUCAGAGCGUUACGCUCACUGUAAGACGUAACUGGUACAUUAUGUAAAGGUUACAUAGAAAACCUCCCUUUUUUAAUGCCAAUGAAACAAGAUGCUCCGCUCAAUAUAGUGCUGAAACGCAAGCAAAUCAAAAGCUUUACAAUUCUCGGAAAGCAAGUGACACUUUAAGAAGUGCUACGGGGUUCUAAAUUAUUGACGGCGGAAGAAACCAAUCGACAACAAAUCUCAGUAAAUUUGAGUGCAGAAACUGUAAGCCGCAUCGCAAACCGCACAAAACUGCUGCCCGAGUCCACCGAGACAACGGUCCAAGCAUCCUUGAGAGCACAUUUUAAGCGCUGUAGCGAAGAAAUCCGGGAAAAGGAAAAGUUGUAUCUUCCAGCCGUACACCAAGCAAAAGUGUGUAUUGAAAUCUGCAUCGGAUCACGGGCGAAUCGGCGAACAGAUUAAACGUAAUGAUGGCCGGAAGAAGUCCUGCCGGACCGGGCUCAGCGAUGCAGCUGCUGCUUGUUCGGUUCCUGCUGAUGGGCGUACUGUUGCUGGCCGUGCUCGAUGCGGAAGUGAUAGCCGGAAGCGUAGCGAGACAAACGACAGCAGCCAGUGUAGCGGAAGAUGACGAUAGCAGCAGCAACGGCAGCAGUGCAGUAUCGGACGAACUGCUUGAAGACGAAAGUUUCGAACAAGACACAGCCGGCGGUGAAAAACAUAGCUGGCCCGAAAGUGAAUCGACCACGGUGCAAAGCUGGACGCGUGGGGAGGCCGAUGAGGAUGCGAUGCACACCGUCGGCACGGGGACAACGUUGGGAUACAGUGCGGUGGCCACCACACCGAAGAUAGUGCGGCCCGUAAAGCAGCUAAGCCGCUAUGAGCAGGGCUUGGAAGACUAUGACGAGGCGGCGGAUCGUGCGGAACGUGAGCAGCAGGCGCAGCAAAAGGAGCAGACCGUGGAGCAGCAGUACAACAGUAUGGUGAAACCGAUGCUGACAUUAUUUAAUGUGAUAAGCACAGUUUUAUCGUCCGGAAGAUCAAUGCGCUCGAUGGCAUACGGCGAAGGACGGGAGCGGAUAGCCACCGACGGUGGCAAUAAAACCGAGAUCAUCACUUUUGGCGAAAAAUCAACAAGCGGCGCCAAUGGCACCGGUGGAGGUAAUGAAAAUGCUAACGGUGAGGGUCGCUACAUAAAAGGAGAUCCUCUGAACGGGUACUACGAUUUCAUCAUCAGCGAAGGGUCGUACAAAUUUUGGGCAGUGUUCCAGCUCGUGACGGCCGCCGUAGUCAUUUAUUCUACGCUCACCGCCAUUUACUACUCGAAAGUGGCACCGCUUACGUCGGAUUACGAUUACAUCGAUUAUCUGAACGGUGGCCGUUCAUUCGCCGGUGCGCGCCCGAUCGACGGUGCAGCACGGACCGGUGCGAGCGGUCGACGAGCGUCGGGAUGGAGCUGGGACAGUCUGUCGACCAGCAGCUGGUUCGGGCCGGCUGCACAAGCGUUCACGAUAGUGAUGGAUGCGAUCGAACGACAACCUAAAUGAUGCAUCUUGGAUGAUGAGAUGUGUAACAACGGAGUGCUUGAAAUUUCCAUGAAAUAUCCGAACACGGUGGUUUAGUGAUAGUUGAUACCGAAAACUAGCUUGGAUAUUUCAUCGCAAUCGAAGUAUCUACGUGUGAACACUUGCGAGAUGUAGAAUUUGUGAACUUCCAUGCGUACUUAUGCACAAUGUAAUGCUUACAUGAAGACGUUUAGCGACCUAUGUAUAAAGAAUUCGUUUACCAACUAUAAGUCAAGAUCUCUACCGGUUAGAGAUACAAUUUUACUGAUAUCGACCGUAUUCAGAGUUUCAAACUUCAUUUACGCAUCCUUGAUGAUUCUUCCGAGUUCAUCCUUAAAAAUUAGUUAGGGUUAUUCCCAACGAACAUAUUGACCUCCGCCCGAAUAGGUAACUAAAAACGAGCAAAACCAUAAUAAAAGCUUUCUCGUAUCGAUGGAUAAAGGAUAAAAAUUGGCACUGUCAGCGAGGUGUAUGUACAUGGUCCAUGGUGUGUUGGAGGUGGUAGACUGUAAAUUUACAUUUUUCUAAAAGGAACGCUAUCCUGUCCGCCUCGUACAUCACUGCCAAUUACAGCCGUUUUCCACAGCAUACCAACGACGAAGCUAACCGAACAAACAGAGUCGUCGAAGACGGAACAAAAAAUUAGAACAUUGUUUGUCAAGAACGGUGCACGUGAAAGAAAAAAAAACCUACCCACACACACACAC